UCCGCUCAGAUCUCAUCUUUGGUGGGAGCGUGGAUUUUACCAUCUGGGCUCACUAAAUCAUCAAAAAUGAGCGUUCCAGCAUUUAUCGAUAUAACAGAAGAAGACCAGGCUUCAGAGCUGAGAGCCUACAUCAAGUCCAAGGGGGCUGAAAUCUCUGAGGAGAACUCUGAAGGUGGACUUCAUGUUGAUCUAGCUCAGAUCAUUGAGGCAUGCGAUGUCUGCCUCAAAGAUGACGAUAAAGAUGUUGAGAGUGUAAUGAACAGCAUUGUGUCUUUGCUGUUGAUCCUGGAGACAGAGAAACAGGAGGCUCUCAUCGAGAGUCUCUGUGAGAAACUGGUCAAGUCUCGUGAAGGAGAGAGACCGUCGCUCAGAUUGCAGCUGCUGAGUAAUCUGUUCCAUGGCAUGGAUGAGAACACUCCAGUAAGGUACACUGUCUUCUGCAGCCUCAUCAAGGUGGCAGCUGCCUGUAAUGCCAUUUCCUUCAUCCCCACCGACCUUGAUCAGCAGGUGCGUAAAUGGAUCGUUGACUGGAACYUGAACACAGAGAAGAAGCACACACUUCUGAGGCUGGUGUAUGAAGCAUUGGUUGACUGCAAAAAAAGCGAGCCUGCAGCAAAAGUGAUGGUUGAGCUGCUGGGAAGUUACACAGAAGACAAUGCUUCACAAGCUCGUGUUGAUGCCCACAGAUGCAUUGUUCGUGCCCUCAAAGAUCCCAACACCUUCCUGUUUGACCACCUGCUCACUCUGAAACCGGUCCGCUUUUUGGAAGGAGAACUUAUCCAUGAUCUGUUAACCAUCUUUGUGAGUGCAAAACUAGCAGCCUAUGUUAAGUUCUACCAGAACAACAAAGACUUUAUUGAUUCCCUUGGCCUUUCUCAUGAGCAAAACAUGGCUAAGAUGCGUCUGCUGACGUUCAUGGGCAUGGCAGUGGAAUUCAAGGAGAUCUCCUUUGACACCAUCCAGCAGGAACUGCAGAUCGGAGCUGAUGACGUUGAGGCUUUUGUUAUUGAUGCUGUCCGGACUAAAAUGGUGUACUGCAAAAUUGACCAGACACAGAGGAAAGUUGUUGUGAGCCACAGCACACACCGCACCUUUGGCAAGCAGCAGUGGCAGCAGCUGUACGACAGCCUCAGCUCCUGGAAGACAAACCUCGCUACAGUCAAGACCAGCCUGCAAACUCUGUCACCUUCUGCAUAGAUCCUCUAAAAUACCACCUGUCAAAGCUGCACGACUCUCGUUACUUCAUUGCUUUCCAGAUUCUCAGACUGAAAAAAAAUAAAUUUAAAAAAUCAGUUUUUAUAUUCAAAUAAAAGAACAGUAAAGGCUGA